AUGAUUUUGAAGAACAAUGUGAUGAGAAAUGUCUCGAAAAUGACACUAAAAUCGGCGAAAUCAGUGAAUUCUGUGGACACAGUGGUCGGUGAAGUCAGUGGCGAUUAUCCGAUUCUCAUUCCGGAUUCACUACUGAUUCUCAAAAUUCUCAUUCGUCCCAAAACUGGUCCUCGGAUUCCGACUCCGGCGACAAUGAGUGCCAACAGAUCCCUAUUCGUCACUCAUUUGGCCGCAGACGUGACCGAAGCUAAUCUCGUGAACCUCUUCGCCUCUUUCGGGCCCAUCCUGUCGGUGAAGGUGUGUCGCGACGAACGCCGUCUGAGCCGUGGCUACGGAUACGUGAACUUCACGACCUCUUCGGACGCCAGACGUGCCAUCGAUGGCCUCAACUUCGCCCAACUCAACGGUCAACCCAUACAAGUAAUGGUCGCCCAAUCGGAGCCCACGCGACGCGUGUCCACCGACGCCAACGUCUUCGUCAAGAAUUUGGACAAAUCUAUCGAUAGUAAGCGUCUUCACGAGCUGUUCGCGCCAUUCGGACCCAUCGUGUCGUCCAAAUUGGCUCAAGAGGUGAACGGCUCGAGUAAGGGCUUCGGUUUCGUUCAGUACGAGCGCGAAGAGAGCGCCGUCCGAGCCAUCAUCGCGUUGAAUGGCAAACAGUUGGCCGCGAAGACCAUCUUCUGCUCGAAAUUCAUGUCCAAAAGCUUACGUCAGAAGGCUUUGGACACCAAUAAACCGAAGCAAUUGGCUGUGGUUUACGUGAAGAACUUGAGCGCCGACUUUGAUGGCCAGUCGCUGCAGGAGUUGUUGGCGCCGUACGGACGCAUCGAUUCGGCGAAAGUGUUUCACAAGAAUGAGAAGACUUUCGGAUUCGUGUCUUUUGAGAACGCGAUGGCGGCCAACGCUGCCGUUCUGGCACUCCAUGACAAAUGUCUGCCCAAUGGAAGCGCUCUUUACGUAAGUCGAGUCCACAGUCGAGUGGUUCCCAAGAAGUCGGCCGACAAGCAGAAGACUCUUAAGAAGAGAUCCGACGGACGCUAUGUUUUCGUGAAGUAUUUA